CAGCAGCGCCCGCAGCCGCCGCCCCGCCCCGGUGCCAUGGCAGCGCGGCGGCGGCCUCUCAUGGCGGCGGUGGCGGCGGCGGGAAGCUGAGGGGCGGCCAUGGUGCGGAGCUGUAGAUGGAGGAGCUGGACCGACACAUGCCAGUUUGGGCUGUAUUGGUACAUAGCUUACCCAGCUUGUGGCAGACCAGUCUGUGUGAAUGUGUGCAGCCAUUCCAGGACUACUAAUAAAACCGGAUGAUUUCACAAAACCUCCCUGAAACAAAGAAGUGAUGAAAGAAUACUUUUUUAUUAAUGCGUGUCACUGAAGAUCUUGUUAGAAGACGUGCAGAACAUAACAACUGUGAAAUUUUUUCACUGGAAGAAAUCUCUUUACAUCAGCAGGAAAUAGAAAAACUAGAGUAUCUUGACAAAUGGUGUCGAGAUUUAAAAAUUCUCUAUCUUCAGAAUAAUCUAAUUCCAAAACUUGAAAAUGUGGGCAAACUAAAGAAGCUGGAAUAUUUAAAUAUAGCUUUGAACAACAUUGAAAGAAUUGAAAAUCUGGAAGGCUGUGAAGAACUGAGGAAACUUGACCUGACAGCAAAUUUCAUUGGUGAACUCUCCAGUAUUGAAUCCCUAAGAUAUAAUAUACAUCUGAAGGAACUGUUUCUAGUGGGUAACCCAUGUACUGAAUUUGAGGGUUAUAGACAAUUUGUGGUGGCAACUCUUCAUCAGUUAAAAUGUUUGGAUAGUAAAGAAAUAGAACGUUCAGAGAGGAUUCAAGCACUCCAAAACUAUCCAGAAGUGAAACAGAAAAUCAGAGAACAGGAACAAGCUUACCUUCUCAAAAGGGCCAGAGAAAAAGAAGAGGCUCAAAGAAGGAUGCAAGAAAGAAAGGACAAGAAGCAAAAACAAAUGGAAUCUAAGCUUGGAUGUGACAGUCCAGACUCGCUAGGGAACAAAGGAAAACAUCAGGCAGAAGAAGACAGAGAACAGGAAACGUGGAGAACUGUUGAAGAUGAUGAAGAAGACAGAAGAUUUUGGGAGGAGCCUACACCAUAUACUCCAGAAUCUAGAUUAGAAACUCACAGAUAUAUUGAAGAAAAACGGAGAGCUAAAGACAAUAUAAGGGAGUCAAAAAAGAGAGAGAAGCCUCUUUGGACAUUGGUCACUGCAGAAGGAAAAGUUCUGAAUGUGAAUGUGCCUAAGCUUCAUUUCUCUUUGAAAGAUGAUGAAGAAAACAACAAAAUCAUCUUGGAUCUUGCUGUUUACAGACAUUUGGACACUUCUCUGCUUGAUGUUGAUGUCCAACCAACUUACAUACGAGUACUGGUGAAGGGGAAGCCUUUUCAGCUUGUGCUCCCUGAGGAAGUGAAGCCAGACAGCAGCUCUGCUAAAAGAUCACAAACAACUGGUCAUUUAGUUGUCAGCAUGCCAAAGGCUAAAGAAAUAAUCCUGGCUAAGCAAAAUGUAUCAACUUCAAUUAAAGAUUCUGACUGCAAUACACGGCAAAAAAAUGCAAGAAGGAGCGGACACGUUGAGAAAUUAGAAGUGGAUCCUGGUAAAUAUUCAUUCCCUGAUGUGACAAAGAUAGUCCAAGAAAAGGAACGAAUUGGACAGGGACCUAUUAGACUCCAACCAAAGAAGAAUGCAGAGACUAAGAAGAGUUGUGUAGAUUUUGAAAAUAAUGAUGAUGUUCCUCCCUUAAUUUGAAUAAUUCUUCAAUAGUCCCUCUAUAUGUGGCAUGUAUGCUUGAGUUGUUUUCAUGACCCUAUGUGUAAAGUAAGUAUAAUAUAGCUGAAGGUGGAAAUAUUGUUACAUUUCUUAUCAGUAACUUUGUUAUGCCUGUUUUCUUCAACAUUUUUUGUUAGUAUAUUGCUAUAUGAAUUCUUUUUUUCUAGAUUGUUUACUUAAUAAGUCUCAAAUCGGAAUGGGAGCCUUAUAAGUCAACCAUUGCUGUUUCUUCAAAGAAUUUACUGUCUAGCUUGAAAAAUGACAUAUUACUGUAGAAAAAGAGAGAGAAAGAAAGAUAUCUUUUGACACAAUUUAUGAUUAUUCUCACUAAACUGAAGAUAGGAAAAAUCUCUGUGUAUUCCUUCAGUGUUUUCUUUUUCAUGAAGGACAAUAGUAAAAGAAAAAAAAUUAUUCCAGGAGUGAGAGACAGUGCUGUAACCUACCAUAUGGCAGUGAAUUUUCCAGCAUAAUGCAGAGCUCAUGGAUUCUGGAGCUGGUAUAACAAUGCCUUUCCUUGAAAAUGUGGGGAGACAAUAGUGCUGAACACAGUAUCUCAGAUGUGGCGCCAUGGGGAAGCUGGGAGAAAUCAGCUAGACGGUUCUUGUUCUUCUUUAUGCAGCUACUCUAAACUGUUCCAUCUUUUCAGGAUCCCCUUAAAAUAUCAAGGCUAAUUUUAGCUGUUGGAUGAAAUAAGGUUGAGCAGCUGUAAUGGGAUGAGCUGCUCCUUACCUACCCUCCAGCCCAUUUUUAGCAACCAGAGACUCCAUUAUAAUAUUUUUUUCCUCAGCUUCUGUAUUGCCCCAUGAGUGAACAGGCAGCAUCAAAGAACAAAUGUAUACUGUGUUACAUUAGAAAAUUAUUGCAAUUUGGCAAGACCAGAGGUUUUUUUUCCCCUCCAGUUUCCUGAGAAAACAAAGUUCAUGCCAUUCUUGGCUCUGCUUUUGAAUGCCAUUUCUGUUAUUUUCACUCUAUUUGACAGAAGAGAAAGGUCACAGAAAUACUCAGCUCCUCUAAAUUUAGUGAAAACUGUCACUGAGUAGUAAAAAGGGAUUAUCUUGAUGCAACUGCUGUUGGGAAGAGAGAACUCAGCCAUUAGGUGUUCUGCCAGUAGCCACUCAGCUAAUCAACAUGUUGGUAACUGGACUCUUUGUGUAUAUUAUCAUUCUUGCCUAGGUGGUAGUUAAAGAAGGAAGGAGUCAUGAUGGUAGGGCUCUGGGAACCUGAGAGAAAGCUGAGGAGAGUGUGGGAGAUGUUUGGAAAAUAUGGUUAGACCUUGAGUUACUGUGGAAGCAGAAGGUGGAUAUUGAGAAGACAGUGGAAUUUCGCAGAGUGGGGGUCACAACAAGUAUUUCUGGGUUGGGUGGUUGUUGAAAUGAGGAAUAUGUAGGGGACAUAUGGCAUAAAACCAUAGAAAAUCGAGCCUCAUUAGCUUUGUUGUCUACAAAACAGUUGAUUUAAGGAUAUAUAUGUGCUUGAAUGUCUCCUUUGACCUUUCAAUUGGUCAAUGAGUAUUUGAUACUAUAGUAUAUUGGUUUUUUACCAAUUUUAAGGCCACUGUUAUUUCAAUGAUAAAAACUAAAAAAGAAA